GUUGCGCAAAAUGUUUUUAUCCCGAUAAAGGUGUCGUAACAAAAACAGUUUGAAAUUUGCUGGUCUAUAAAACAGAUGCUUACUAAGAGACCACAUUGUACAAAACAAAGCAUGUGUUACUACAUAUGAUUUAUUACUCUGACAAACAGGUUUGUACCUACAUUGGCCAUAUGACUACAGAUGAUUUUUUUUUCCAAGUAUGUUAUAAUUGUGAUUAUUAUUUGUUUUGAUCGUGAUUUCUAUUUACAAUAUUCUUGGGAGACAGUUUGAUCAUAGGAAAUUGUGAUAGAAUUACAUAUUUAGGUACACAUUGUCGAACUUAACAGUUCCGGAGAGAGCAUCUGAAAAACAAUGGAACAAUGAAAAACAAAGUAUAACCUUUCUAAAUGAAAUUAUACUUAUGGUAUCCAAGAUUUGGAGGCAAUAAGAACAAGAUGCCAGAAGAUUCUACCCUCUGAACUAUUUUGCUUCCCCUUCCUAACAGGACUGUAGAUUGUAUUAUUGCUUUAAAUACAUAUUAAAUACAGGGGUGUAGGUUGAAGUGUUGUUUUAAAUAUAUUUAAGAAGCAUAUCUAUCAUUGGUCAAGAUCUAAAACUUCAAAGUGGUUUUGAUAUAUAGCCUUCCUUACACAUAAGAAAAUUAUUUUUAUACCUUGGCUGGUAACUGAAGGCUGGCGAAGAAUAAGUGAACAGCAAUGCAGUGGAGGAGUGGUGAUGGCCUUUACUAUCUAAAACAGAGAUCUUCAAACUUUUUGGUCCACGGGGCACAUUGAUAUCUCCAAGUUCCGAGGGCCACAACUUGUGAUGAAAAAAAUAUCUUGUCUAUAAAUGAUACUUCAGUCGUGAAAUGAACUUUCUAAGAGAAAAACCCAUGCAAUAAAUGUAGCAACCUCUUAUAUGAGUAAUUUGAUAAAUUUCAUAUUUUUUUAAAACGUUUUUAAAAUUUUACCAUGUAAUCAACUAUUGCGGGUCGGACUGGAAGUGCUUUCGAGCCGGAUCCGGCCCCCGGCCGUAGUUUGGAGACACUAGGUCUAAAGUACAUACGUAUGCUAAACUUACAGUCUCUACUAAUUCACAAUAUUUACUUAUUAAUGUUGUUUAAUAAUGUAGGUCUCUAGGGUGAAUUCAUGUUCUGCAUCAUAUUACUAAAUAUUGAACAUUAAUGAUAAUUUAAUAUGUAUUCUAAAAUUGCAAGACAGAAUGACAAAAAAAAUAAAAUAAAGACUCACCUUUAUAUCAUCAUUCAAGUUUAUCACAGAAUCCAAAUUGGAACCUCCAAUCACUACCUAAAAUAAAAAAUUAAAACAUUAUAAUAUUUAUGUUUUGAUCAUCUGCACGCUAAACAUCUAGGUAAGAGAAUCCCAAACGAUGGUAUGUGAACGAGCAAUAAAAAUUGAUAAAAAUAUUAGUCCGCGGUACAAACUCCUUUUUAUCGAUUUAUUAACAUCCGCCUGAAACUUCGUAGUUUCGUCUCAUCGUAACCUACAACUAUUUUAUUUACGAAAAAUCUUGGAAUUGGGGCAUUUUCUAUCUGGAGGGGGACAAACUUUGUCUAUUUAAUUAGAUACUAAAAACUCGUAAAUACUCAUUUGCUUUCUAUUUGAAUCGUAAGAUAAUAUGAUCACAAAAUCGAGAAAAAGGUGCUCAGCAAAAAUAUUGGAUCAUUUGUCCUAUAUAAUCUCGUUAUUUUGAAAUUUUGGGGGUGUAGGUGACGCCAAACGGCAGCUUGAAGAAGAGUUCUUUAAGAUGAUGCACUCACAGAAUAAAACUUAUAAAGCCUCAAAUGCCGCAUUCACUGAGUACUAACAGUUUUAAUGCACUUCACUUACUCGAGAUUAUUCCUCGAAGUAAUACCUCUCGAAUCGGGAUCCGUUAUUUCUUCAUGAAAUUCGCUUUCUUUUCAUACCUAGUUUCUCAUAAACCUUCUCUGCUUAGAGGUGGAAAAGAGGCUUAAGUAUACUGUAUACACUAGCCUCUUAACAAGAAUAAAUCAGUAGAAUAGACAGCCAUACUAUUGAAAUAUUUAAAAUCACAGAUAUCUUCAUUACCAAUUACUAGCCUCUUAAUUUCUAAACUCUUAGCUGACUGCUGAGGAGUACGUUCGUGAGGGACCAGUCUACUGCUCUUUUUCACCUUCCCCAUGGAGAGUAGAUGGCGACUAACAAAAUCUUUCGACACAAUACACUUCCCGGCAAGUUCGCGAGUACUUGUGGACGGAUUUGACUGAACAGCUUCCUACAGAACCUCAUCAAUAUCCAUCAAUGGUCGCCCGGAGCCCUUCUUCCUGUCGUCGUAUCCUCACUGCGAAAUUUCUGUUACACUGCAAAAGACAUGUUCCCUUGCAAAGUUUUCAGAGAGAAAUCUUGUGCAGGGGCAAUAUGGUAACCAAUGAAGGUCUACUGAGGUGCAAUUGUUGCUUUUUGAAAACAUUGAAGUUGUUAAGUUUAGAAAAAUAUGUUACCUAUAAAGCUGUAGUAAAUUGUAUGUUUUUAAAUAUAUAAUUUAAAAAUUUGAGCUAAAACACCUAUAAAAACAGAUACUUAAAAAAAAACAAAAAAUUAUACAUUUUUUUUGUGAAUUUUCAAAACAUUACCCAUUUUGAAAGCUCAACAAUUUGCUUCCUCUUGGGUUUAGAAAAAAAUGUUAUGUACAAAAAUGUCUGAUAAUUUUAAGCUGUUUUAGAUUGAAUAUAACCAAUUUUUAUUUAUCUUGCUUUAAAAAUGAGAUGUUUAAUGUAAUUCAAAAAUUUUUCGAAAUUUAAAUAGUUUUUGGAGCACAGCAGCGAACCCACAAAGCUUUUAAGUGCCGAAACUUGGAUUUUUUAUAUCAACUACAUACCUAACAAUAUAAAAAAGAAAUUUGAAUUAGCCGGUCUAUUGCAAGGUAGACACCUUUUUUUGUGCUAAUUUUACUGGGCUAUAUCAUGUUGGAGGGAAAAAGGUGAGCAGUUGGUAAUCAGAUGUUGACAUCUAUCUUACCAGGACAACAAAACACGAGAUACUCGUAUUCUCAGUGUUAUCUAAAAUUUUUGGCCUCAAAAACUCAUUCUUAAAACCGGGAUGAUCCAGAAAAUGUCUUCAGAAGUAGGGAGGGAUAAAAAUAAAUCAUUUUAAAACUUGAUAUUUGAUUUAACUUCCUAAUUUUCCCCCCAAGAAAGAAAUCCUACUGUUUUAUGUAAAAUUAAAAAAAAAAUACAUCAUUAGUAAACGUUUCCCGAACUUUUAAUGUUAAUUAGCUAAUAUUCAGUGCCUGCAUUAGGGUGGGGCAACCGGGACAAUGGCCCGGGACGAAAAGAAACAAAAAAUACAAAACGUAAUAACAUAAUUAAUUUUAGCCAGUCAAUAAAGUAACUGUAUCAGAAAAAAUGUUAAAUGAAAUAAAAUUCAAAAAAUUUUCAUCAUAUUAUUCCCAUUAACUUAAUUAAAAUCAAAUUCUUAACAAAAUAAAAAUAUGUAGGUUGCUAAUUUUGUAAUUUGAAGAGUAAAAGAGAAAAAUAGGCAAACUAUUUUCGUUUUCAGUUGAGUUAAAAAAUGAAUUUAAAUUGAAAAUUGCAUUCUUCCAGGGAGAUACAAUGAGAAAAAAUAAAUUCAAUACACAUUAUCUAAAGCUUUUUUCGGAUUUUAACAAAUCGAAAGAAUGCAACUUUUCAUUCCGUAAUUGAGAGGAGUACAACUGUUUUUUUUCUGAUUCUUGAUUUAAAUGUCUUAUAAAUAUAAAGAGUAAGAAAAUAUAUUUACAGUAGUAUUAUAAUAAGCAAUUGUCUGUCCCAGGCAGCGAAUUUUGAGCAUGUUUUUUUUAAGUAAAAAAUAUUUUUUCUACUUUUUGGGUUUGACAUUAUUCAGAGUGGCUACCAGACAGUCAAAGAAAAAUUCCCUGACAUUUUCCUAUUUGAUGAUAGUUUCUCCUGACCAAUAUGUCUGGAGACACAAAUAUUAAAAAUUGUAAUUUAUAAAUAAAUUUAUUUUUAUUACAUGAAAAAAGUGCUGCAAAUUAUUAUAUAAUGGUUUAUUAUUUCCAAACAAUUGUAUGUCAAAAGUAACAUUACUUAACAUUAGGAAAAAAUGAGUAAAACGUGAUUCCUAAUAUUGCACUAAAUAUUUUUUUAUUUCAUCAUUAGCAAUUUUCUAAGAAAAAUAAAAAUGAAAAACCUUGGUGCACUAAACUAAACACCUGUUUAUAAUAUUGGGUUGUCCGGAAAAUAAUCUAGGAUUUCGGUUUAAAAAGAAAAAAGAAAUAUUUAAAACUGUUUUAUUUAAUCAAAAUAGUACCCACUACUAUCAAAUAAUUUCUGCCAACAUGUUGACAACUUUUUCAUACCCUUGGAAUAGAAUUUCCGUUUACAAUUUUUAUUUCUUUAGAAUUUUAUCGAACAUCUUCACAAUUGAUAAACUCCACCAGCACAUUUUCUAAUUUCCUUUGUCAAUUAAAUUUGUUCACAUAAGUAGUGGUCCAGGUGUCUAAAAAAAUUAUAAUCCGUACGCGAGAGGUCCGAAGAGUAGGGCCGGUGUCAUGGAGCCGGACUUCAACAGUUUUUGUGACAUAACACGCGAGACAUGUGGCCGGGCGUUGACGUGCAACAAAAUGGACUCCUUCCAAUUGACCAAAAAUGGCUUCAUUAUUGGCAAUUUUUGAUGCAUUGCAUUAAUUUGGUCACAAUACGAUUCAUCAUUGAUGGUUUCUCCAUGAUUUAAGAAGCUGUAGUGUAUCAAACCAAAUGAAGCCCAC